GUUGCCUUUCACGGUUCAUCGUACUUCCUUGGCGUUACUGUUGCUCGAGUGUUCCUAGAAUACAAGGAUGGGUCCGAAGAAGAAAGGAAAAGGAAGCAAGCUGGCGCGGAUGUCGGAGGAAGAACGGAUAAGAUACAUGCAGCAUAGGGCCGCCAUAGAGGAAGAGGCGCGGCGAAGGAAGGAACAGCUGAUUGCCACUUAUAUGAAGAACAAACUGAAACAUGAAGAGGCAUUUAUGAGGUUGAAUUCGGCAAAAAUAAAUCAACAGUGGCGUCAUAUAUUGCGAAAAGUGAAGUGUAAGGAGCUAACAGACAAUAUGAAGAUCCUGUGGACCACAUUCGAGGCGGCUGUCAUAAGCAAGAAUAAGAUUAUCCAGACACUCCUGGGGGACCUGGAGGAUUCUGAGCUUCAGUAUUCAAUGAUGUUGGAGAAUCACGUUCAGAUCGUCAACCGCCUUAUCGGCUUGCACCAGGACCGGUUGGAAGCCUGUCACAAGCGAUACACCUCUGAAAAGGAGGCUUUAUUGUCUGCGGCUAAUCUCGAGCGAAUAAACACCUCGACCCAGAGCGACUACGCCUGCGAGUUCUUGCAGACUGUCAUCUACGACAUGAAUUCACGCAACAAGUCACAGCACAAGGCCUGCACAUCAAGUGCUACAGCAAAGCAAGAUGAAUUACGCAACCAGAUGCAAAGUGAGAUAGAGAAGGUGGAGGAGCAGGGAAGUCUACAGAUAGAAGAGGUGUGGCACAGUAUACAGCAGGUAUUGAAGGACUAUGUGACCGACACUGCACCCAACCGACCUCACUACAACGCUUUGCGCGCCAAGGAUAAGGCCAACACUGAGCAACUGCUUCGCCACUGUGAUACUGUCAACAAGUAUUCGGACUUAAUAGUGGAUCUGAAGCAACAGUUGGCUCUGAUGCAUUGCACCCAUACAGUAAAACUGAAGGAGUUGAGGGAGGAGCAGAGCGAGUUCUUAGCGCAGUUCGACAGGAUGAGACACAGUAUCAACCACAACCAGGCGAGGGAUGAGUCCAAACUGACUACACUAGCUGUAGUCAGCAGUGAAGUCAUCAAGGAAUUGACAAAACUUGCUCAGAGAGGAGAAUCAAUACUGCAAAUGGCAUCAACUUGUCAAAAAUUCCUUUCCGAAAAAGAAAAACUCAAAAACUACAGUGCAGUUAUGAGAAAUGAAGAUAAGACUGAGGAUGAUGAAACACCACUGAAAGAAAUGGACAACUUCUGGCAACAGUAUAAUGAGGUUGUGCUGGAGUGUAGGGAGUUGUCUGCAGAAAAAGAUGCUUUGUCUACGGAGAACAAACAGUUGCGGAAAAUUCUACGUCACUACCUCAACACUCUUGUUCGGCCAACCACAGUACCCAGAGCCAUGGCUUGAAUACAGACAUGCAAAAUCUCAGUGGGACAUUAUUUAAUUUUAUUUAUGUUAGUUAUACUUAGGACUAUUGGGCUAUUUUUUAUUUUAGGUUUUUAAAGAAGCAAUGUAAUUUCAACAGAAUAAACUAUGAGUCCUUCUAUAUCCUUAAAUAAAUUUAUUUGGUUUUUUAGGUUUUGAUGGAAU